AUGACGAUGGUUAUACAGAAGGACGCGCAAUUAGGGUUUCCAUACUGGAGUCCUGCUCUCCGGCGGUUCGAUCCCGACGCUCCCUUCUUCGCAUCUGGCAAUAUCGAAAGAGAACUUCUCGCCAAACAGGUUGCCUUGGAUUUAAGCGCGGAUGAAAAGCAGCAGGUUCGAAGUUUGGAAGACGAGGAAAGCAGGGAACUGUUUUGUCCAAUUGUUGGUUGUGGUGCGUGUUUGUCUUCUGUGGAGGAUUUUGAAGAUCACUACAAUGCAAGGCACACUGCAUCUUGUUCAGUAUGCUCAAGAGUUUACCCUACGUCGCGCCUGCUCAGCAUACAUGUGUCUGAAGCCCAUGAUUCUUUCUUUCAGGCAAAAGUAGCUCGUGGCUUUGCUAUGUAUGAAUGCCUCGUUGAAGGCUGUGGCAUGAAGUUUAAGAGCUAUAAAAGUCGGCAACAGCAUCUAUUGGACAGACAUAAAUUUCCUGCAUCAUUUGAGUUCUUCAAGAAGGUCCUUCCGUCGAAGAAACAGAGACAGAAGAAUCAACGUAAACAAGCACUUCACAAGGCAGAGGAGGCUUCAAGUGCAAUGCAAGUAGAAGAGGCAACUAUGGAUGACCUUGUUUCAGCCGUCUCUAAAUUAAGCACGUCAGAUUCCUCUCCUUCAUCCAUCAGCUUUGGGCGACGCCACGGUCGUGGUUUUACAUUUGUCCCUCGAGCUGUUCAGCGGGAAAGAAGGCCAUAG